GCCUCCCGGGCCGAGGGCGGGACGCGGGGCGACGGGGGCGCGGCGUCGGUGAGGCGGCGGCUGCACUACGCGGAGGCGCGGGCGCUCGGCAUGGCUCGCCUGGUGCUUGGUCUGAUGAGCUGUGCCCUCUUUAUAGCAGUCGAUGGUCUGUAUUCCUCUAGUGAUGAUGUAAUCGAAUUAACUCCAUCAAAUUUCAACCAAGAAGUUAUUCAGAGUGAUAGUUUGUGGCUUGUGGAAUUCUAUGCUCCAUGGUGUGGCCACUGCCAGAGGUUAACACCGGAAUGGAAGAAAGUAGCAACUGCGUUAAAAGGUGUUGUAAAAGUUGGUGCAGUUGACGCAGAUAAACAUCAGUCCCUGGGAGGCCAAUAUGGUGUUCAGGGAUUUCCUACCAUUAAGAUUUUUGGAUCUAAUAAAAACAAACCAGAAGAUUAUCAGGGUGGCAGAACUGGUGAAGCCAUCGUAGACUCUGCUCUCAGUGCUCUGCGCCAGCUCGUAAAGGAUCGGCUUGGGGGCAGGAGUGGUGGAUAUAGUUCUGGAAAACAAGGUAGAAGUGACAGUUCAAGUAAGAAGGAUGUGAUUGAGCUGACGGACGACACCUUUGAUAAGAAUGUUCUUGACAGUGAAGAUGUUUGGCUGGUUGAGUUUUAUGCUCCUUGGUGUGGACACUGCAAAAAUCUAGAGCCAGAAUGGGCUGCGGCGGCUACGGAGGUAAAAGAGCAAACAAAAGGAAAAGUGAAACUUGCAGCUGUGGACGCUACCGUUAAUCAGGUUCUAGCCAGCCGAUACGGGAUUAGGGGAUUUCCUACAAUCAAGAUAUUUCAGAAAGGCGAGUCUCCUGUGGACUAUGAUGGGGGGCGGACGAGAUCUGACAUCGUUUCCCGGGCCCUGGAUUUGUUUUCUGAUAAUGCCCCGCCUCCUGAGCUGCUUGAGAUCAUCAACGAGGACAUCGCCAAGAAGACGUGCGAGGACCACCAGCUCUGCGUCGUGGCUGUGCUGCCCCAUAUUCUUGAUACGGGAGCUGCAGGCAGAAAUUCUUAUUUGGAAGUUCUCCUGAAGUUGGCGGACAAGUACAAAAAGAAAAUGUGGGGGUGGCUGUGGACAGAAGCCGGAGCCCAGUCUGAACUCGAGAGUGCGCUGGGGAUUGGAGGGUUUGGCUACCCCGCCAUGGCAGCUAUUAACGCACGCAAGAUGAAGUUUGCUCUUCUGAAGGGAUCGUUCAGUGAGCAAGGCAUUAAUGAGUUUCUCAGGGAGCUGUCUUUUGGGCGUGGAUCUACAGCACCUGUAGGAGGUGGGGCUUUCCCUGCCAUCAGCACCAGAGAGCCCUGGGACGGCAAGGACGGCGAGCUUCCCGUGGAAGAUGACAUCGACCUGAGCGACGUGGAGCUGGACGACCUGGAGAAAGAUGAGUUGUGAGAGGCUCCGCACAGACUUCAGUUUUCUUUUCUUGGGAGCGGAUUUUCCAGCAGUGAAGGAACAUUCUUUCCAAUCAGAUGAAACUACCAGUGGCCUUUUUAACCAAGAAGUAACACUUGAUUGGUCAUUUGAAAACACUGCAACAGUGAACUUUUGCGUCUCAAGAAACAAUGAAAAAUUCUAUGAAUUGUCGUAGCCGGGGCAUUGGCAUUGGGUUGUGUUCUGUCAAGUAAUAUUUUGAAGAAAACUGAUGGGCUCUCGAAACGUUUUUCCCUCCCUCUGACUGCUGCUUGAAUGUUCUUGGAGGCUGUUUCUUACAUAUAGGUUUUUUAAUGUGAUCCUUUCAUUUGAAUAUUAAUGGCUUUUUUCCAUUAAAGAAUAAAACAAUAUUUUGGACAAUGCCAAUAAAUGUACAAAAUUGGUGUCCACAU